GCCUAGUCCAGGCCGCUGAUGUAGACUGCGUGCCAAGUGUCGCUGUAGCACCGCCGCCCAGUCCUGUAGGGUGCGCUACACCGCUAUCCGCCGUUAUAAUAUAUAUACCUAAAUUGGAAUCCUUCUCGGCGCAUCAUUUGUUCAACGGUGACCGGCCUGUUGACGUCUUGGUUAUGUCGUCUGCUUCGUUGGAGGGGGAUGUCGUGGCUCCUGCUAAUCACAGUAUCAACAGAAAUGAAAUGUUUCAGACGUUUCAGUCCUGGGCCCUUCAAAAUUAUGGAGACAGCGGUAAAACGAAAACUGUCACCGAGAAAAAGUAUAAUAGGAUCGUACGAAUACUAACAGGCGAGGAACCAUCUUCGGCAGAAAAUUCCAAGUUCAGAUUUUGGGUCAAAGCCAAAGGAUUCCGUUUGGGACCAUUCGAAGGUUUAGACAAAAUUCACGGACUUACAGAGACAUUGCUUUACGUACCAACAAAACAGGUGACUGACACAAACAGCAAUGACAUGGACCGAGGAUACAAACGAGUCGCAAUCGUCGAGGACUUCUUUGAAAUUAUAUAUGGCGUGCACGUGGAAAUGGAUGGACGAGGCGGGAAACACGCGGGGCAGAAAAGGACCUACCGGGCGAUUGCGGAAACUUACGCUUUUUUGCCUCGGGAAGCAGUGACGAGGUUUCUCAUGUCUUGCUCAGACUGCCAAAAGCGUAUGCAUCUCGGAACGGAAAACACCGCACCUGUCGAGGAGCUACAUACAAACGGGAUUCCGACCAACAACGAAAAAGACUUUCUCAACACAUCGCCAAUCAUCGAUUUUAACGUACCGAUCACCCAAACGUAUCUCAAUCAAAUGCGAAACAGGGGCUACUUUUCCGAGUUCAAUUUCAACGACGAUGAGAGCAUGUCGAGUGCCGAUAGCGUUGCCAGUGGAGAUCAGAGUCCCUCUCCCACAGCCGAGGACACCAACGGUAACCACGCCUCCGUCUUGAAACAAGAAUCAGCGUGUGAAAAUGGUGAUGGCCUGAUCCCGGUGAAUCUAUCUACGCCCCGGGGGAUGCGUAUGACGGACAGUCCACUGGAAGACGAGAGAGCCUUGUCCCUCGGUAUCAUCAGCAAAUCGCCAAUACCCUCCACUGGCGGACACCCCGAGAGGAAGCGACGGGCUAGUGACGACAGUUGCGAGAGUUCAACAAAGGCAAGUGAGGGAGGUACUGUUGAUGAUCUACAGGGAAGCAAAGAUGACGACGAUGACGAUGACAUGGACGAUGAUGAAAAACUUCUGUCCACGGGAAAAGAAUACGACCCUGAGCGUUUAAAAUCGUUUAAUAUGUUCGUGCGAUUAUUUGUGGACGAAAAUUUAGAUCGAAUGGUACCUAUCUCAAAACAACCCAAAGACAAAGUCCAGGCCAUCUUGGAAGCAUGUGAUCGUCAGUUUCCGGAAUUCCACGAACGAUCCCGAAAGCGAAUCCGUACCUACCUCAAAUCGUGUCGGAGGAUGAGGCGAUCUAAGGAACAGAACGGAUGGGAGCCGCAGAUCCGACCCACGCCCCCUCACCUUACGUCAGCCACCGCCGAGAGCUACCUGGCACAGGCGUGUGAGAACGAGAGUCAAAACGCCAAAAGAAUGAGAAUGGGUCUGGAACCACUUCCGGCUGGUUCUAUGCCUUCCGUACUUAACACGACCAAUCAGACGACAGCCCAGCCCGUGGCACAGCCAGCCGUGGUGCAGCCUCAGCCCCAGCCUCCACAGCAGGCCACGCCCUCCCCUCACUCCCAGCCUCCAUCCCAACCCCCUUCCAGGGCUUCGCCUCAGGCACCGCCAGCUUCUCAGAUAGAACGUCACCCUCAAUCAACUAAUGAUUUUAUGCGCCACCAGCCACCGCCUGCCUUCAGACCACCCCCAGAGUUCCACCCACCUUUCUUCACAAAUGGAAAUGGAAUAUUUCGUCCCGGAUUUCCACCAGGUUACCAACAUCCGGCACAUCACCAUCCACCUGUGCUGCAACAUAGCCCCAUAGCACCAGCCUCUGUUCAAAACGGCCCAACAGACCUUAGUAUGAAGAAGCAAGCUUCCAAGAACCAACUGAGUGCCAGUGAAGUGGCCACGAUAAAACAGCUGAUUGCCGGCUACAGGGAGUCGGCCGCCUUCCUUUAUCGAUCAGCUGACGAACUCGAGCAGCUGCUUCUGCAACAGAAUUAAUGGACAACAUCAUCUCUAUUUUAAACUGCAGCAGGAUUCUUUUUUUUUAUUUUGAAAACACUUGAAUGCCUUGGUAACGUCGAUAUUUUGAAGAGUAUAUAUGAUCUACUAAAGUGUUAUUUUAUAAACAUAUACCUCGCUUUAUUUUUCUCCGGAUUGUGAUUAUGUUAUUUAGGAAUAUUCCCUCAUCGUAGUAUUCGGAUGUUUCCGGGGAAUAUCGGCAAUGUCCGGUACCUUUGAGACAUUUCCAUUCGUAUUGAACAAACUACAGGAAUAUUUGAGGAACAGUCCUUGUUCUAUUUUUCUAUCUACGAUUAUAAUGUCUUUCUUUAGUUGCUAUUAGUAGAGAUAUUUUGAAGAAUUAUAUUCAAGAUAAGAACAAAAGGACAGAACAACAUAUUGACAUUUGAUAUAUGGCCACAGUUGAAUUGAUCACUGUAAAACUCCGUAAGAGAGUGAGAUUGUGCGAUAGAUCUGUGGAUGCCAUGCUACCCCAAUACCGCGACAUCCGCUACUUGUGGGAUGUUGUAUGUUUUCUCUCCUCAACUUGAUGGCUCAAUGUGGUAUGAAUAUUUGUGCAUAUCUCACGUACGUGGGAGUAUAUGGAUAUUUGUGUGUAUCUCACGUAUGUGGGAAUAUAGUUUGCCUAUUUUAUAUCAAUAAGACGAGAUUAGAUAUCUCUUGUGAUUUGUUACUUGGUGCCCGUGAGAGGUGGCUGACGACACGAGGGGGAAUAACUCUUGUUGUUCCCAGGUGUCCACAGAGGGGUGGCUGUAUAUAUACAUAUUGUUUGUGCAGUAUGUGUGAGUUUAAUUAUCUGAGCUGUAUAUACAUAUAUAUAUAUAUAUAUAUACAAAUAUAUAUAAGAUUGAAAGUUAAACUAUAAAAAGACGUAUAUUAAAAGUGAAAUGUUGAGAUACAUGUUAAUAUCAACACUAUAUCAUGUUUUAGAGGAAAUGCUGCAAUGUUGAUUACAUGUACUCGUAUGUUAUUUGUAAGUGGUUCAUUUAUUUUUGUGGAUUCGUGCAAUUCUUAGUCCAUGAUGUUGAUUUGAUCUCAGGCGUUUUGUCAUUUUUAACAUUGAUGUAGAAUGUAGUGCCGGGUACUGACAUUGGCGACACUUAAAAGUAGGUAGGUGUCAUAAAUAACAGAGCCCCAAGGUAUCAAAUAAGUACCCCUAAUCCAUUCUUAAAAAGUACGUCUCAAAUUUAUCCAGAUCCUAUGGCAAAAUAUAGUCGUGACUAAUUGAGACCGAAAACAACAUGUUCAAGCAUGAAAUAGAUUCAUUUAGACUAAGAAUUAUCGGUAUAAGUGAUAUAUACUAGACUAAAUUAGACUCACGACCACUUUCUCCAGCAGGAAAUAGACUAAUUCAGGACUAAUGGUAGUAGUAAGGGAAAUGCUCGCUCAAAGUGAAAACUACUAUACUAGUCAUAGCAGACAAGUCAAAGUUACUAGUCAAACUAAUACAUGGCUAUAUUAAAUUAUUUUCAAAUAAACGCCUUUUUAAUCUAGCUAUUAUUUUAGGCAGAUACGUUAUUUAAUCCGUUUUUAUUUAUCACAAUAGAUGUUGACGAUGUCAACUUUAAAUAUACUUCGCUAUAAUGAACUGGCUGCGCGCGGCUUUAAAAAGCUGACGUGCUGUGUGAUAUCAAUUUGUAUGAAGUUCACCUUUAUGUAUGUAUAUAUUUAUUACAAAUAAUUGUCUUAUCCAUGAAGCUUAUUUAUUUAAUUACGAAUUGGCAAUGCUAUUGGCAUUAACAGGUAUUUAUAAGAGUCCCUAUUGGUUUAGGCAGACUUUACGCCCUUUGAGGGGUAAUAUGGGUCCCUGUUAGUUUAGGCAGACUUUAUAUCCUGUAAGAGGUAAUAUGAGGUUAUUUUAGUUCGGGCAGACUUUAUUUCCUGUAAGAGGUAAUAUGAGGUUAUUUUAGUUCGGGCAGACACCCAAUACCAGGUGGUACAUAUAUAAAGUGCUAGGGACCUCUAUCUGCAUAAACACUAUUUUUGGUAUGAAAGCUUAUGUACUGUUUUCAUUAAUAUUUGAAUCUCAAUACGUACUACCUAGUCAUGAUUUGUGCGAGAGGUACGUUAUCCACUGUCCACGAUAUACGUGUAGCCAUGGACUUGUCUGAUUUUGUAUUUAUAUUUGCCUUAUAUCUAUCUCUGUGGGUUUACGUCAUCCAUAUACUUAUGACUGUUAGUUUACGUGGUUUUUGUUUGUUAUUUUUAUUUUGCUCAUUUUGUUAAUUAUUUAUUAUUUAUAUCCUAAUACUCAUUCAGACCAGGUGCCUGUCCAUUUUCUCAUAUAUUUAUUGGAACUUGACGCAUGUUUUUAUAGUGAAAUCGUAAUUAGAGUUAUCCCCCCUCUAACGAAAAAACUAGCAGCUGUUCGGUAACGGAAGUCUGUGAUGCCGACAACGUCUCUCAGUGUGACGUCAUAUGUCCGUUUUGUCUGAUAUUGCUUGUUACCUCCAGUGCAUUACAAUAGAUCGUAUUUAUUAUCGGCUAUUCCUUCGCUGACACAUUCCAUUUCUUGAUAUUGUUGAGGGUACGUUAUGUCUGUGGCGUUAUCUCGUCACUGUAAUGAGAAACAAUAGGAUGGUUACAUCAUUAUAUCUGAAAUCCACAAAUAAAUCAUGUUUCUUUGUUAAAUACUGGGCCGCCAUUAACGAAGACACGUUUUAGUGCACAUACAUGUAACUGCCAAAUAAUUAUAGUAUAAAACAGCUUUAUUCCAUGACAUUAUUUUAAAUGAUCUUUAAUAAGUUUGAUUUUAUUAGUUGAAUGCAGUAAGAUAACAUUACACUAACUCUAGUCCAUUCCAUAAAGGCGGGCCCGUUGACACGUUUAAGAGUUAAACGUUUUAUUUAUUUUUAUUCGUUUUGUGUUAUGUCCUUUCAUCUACAUUCCAUAACUUGGUUGGCUUAUGUUGUUAUCCAUUCCAUUACGUACACGAUCCCCCGUUUGUUCAGCUCUGCCUACUUCACGAAUGAUAACUCAAAUUAUUAAGCAUAUUUUUCUUAUAGAAAUCCGAAGUACUAUUUUGUUGUCUAAACUCCUUGAAUUUAGUGAUAAAUUUUUCAACCAGGUGAAAAGUAAUUAAAUCUAACAAAGGUGUGACCAUCCUGGGUGUUUACAUCCGGGGCCUCGUGUACUUCCGAUAUUUUUUAUUUGUUUUAUCAGGAAUAUGUACUGAAUCUCCAAGUGCAAUAUAUGUAUUGAUAUAUGGUUAGAAGGAACAUGGCAGUACAGAGGAUAUUUAUAAUAUAUAGUAUAUAUUAUGUAUUUUGUUUUGUGAACAUGAAUAAAUUGAAGAAAAUAACGUCAA